AUAAAAGAAUCUACAAUGGAAAAUUUGUAUAGUGAUAAGUUCGAUUCUUUAUCUGAUAAUAACAACGAAGAAAGAAAUAGCAGCAAUAAUGAAGAAUUAGCUUCAACAUCAACAUCUACCUCAAAAUUGAUUUUAUUAAAUAAUCAAGAAGAAGAAGUCGAAAAAGAAUCUCUUGCGAAUAAGUCAGUAAAGGUUCACCAACAAACUAUUCAACAACCAAUUCAUCUUGUUGAAAUUGAUGACUUUAAACUUUUGUUAAAAAAAUUUGAUCCUCGCUUUAAGAUGCCAUGUGUUAAUACAAUAAAAAUGAUCAUAUUUGACUCUUAUAAUUCGGCAGUAAAGCAAAUUAUCGAUCUUAUUUCAAGGACGUCAGACACUGUCUCUUUAACUUUUGAUAUUUGGUCUUCAUGUGCCCAUGAUAGUUAUCUUGGAAUUACUUGUCAUUGGCUUACAGAUUCAUUUGAGUUGUACGAAAUUGUACUUGAAAUUGGAGAGUUGGAUGAUCAUUGCGCAGAUGAUAUUGUUGAGUCAGUUAAUUCUGUUCUUGAUAAAUUUAAUAUUAAUCAUAAAAAGGUCUUUUCUAUUACUACAGAUAAUGGCGCAAAUGUCAAAUCUGCGGUACAAAAAAUGGAUGUUACUAAUAUUAAGUGUGCUGAACAUACAUUACAAUUAAGUGUAAAUUUAGGAUUAAAGGAAAUUGAUAGACUUAUUUCAAAAUGCCUCAAAGAACCACUAGAUGUUAUUAAAGAUGUAGAUACCAGAUGGAACUCUACCUUUUAUUCUAUUGAACGUCUUGUAUCUUUAAAACCUGCUAUUAUACAAUUACAUUCAACUCUUAAUAAUCAUACUGUUAGGAAGAUUAGAAGAGGAGCAGAAAUGAUGAGUUCUUUUCUUUCUUCAGAAAAUGAAUUUGAAUUAUUGAAUGAACUUAUUGUAAUCCUUUCUCCUUUCGAUAAAGCAACACAAUUUUUAAGCGGAUCUGAAUAUCUAAUACUUGGUUUUAUGACAUCAAUGUUGGAAGAACUCACUCGCCAGCUUAGGCAAUUUACUGGACAAAGUUAUAAAGCAAUUCUUGUGAAAGACACGAUCUUGAAUAACUUAGUUGAACGUUGGGAAGAUCCAAGUGAGAUAGGAUUGUGCUGUUCUUUUCUUGACCCAUGA